UUGCGAUAAAGGGGCGAGGUUUUUGGCGUAAAUGUUUAGUGGUUGUAAACUGUACAGCCCAGUUUGAUAGUGUUGCCGUACAAAGACUAUUUUCUACACUGAUUUUUCUAUAGCCUGCAGUUAUUUUGCAAGUGUAUUUCGAGCCAUUUCGUUCUUUCGAUGAGUUUUCUGCUUGUUUUCAACGGAUAUCAUCUUUGGAUUGUAAUCUUGGUAGACCAUAAUAACGACGAGAUAUGCGGGUAACGAUAAACGUUCUCGAGGAGGCACGGAACAGCCUAGUUUAGGGACGUACAGUUUAACGCUGAGGUUCAUCCCGCCAAUGUGACGUGAAUGCUAGCGACGUAACCAUGACUGCGGCAUGGGAGUGACAUGAUAGCUGGAUCAGACUUUUCCUCCGAACAACCUCAUAUCCUCACCAUGCCCAUCUCUCUUCAAACACACAAAACUGAUUAAAUGAACGACCACAUUGAGAAAGAUUGUGCCAAAAUGGACGAAUCGGCACUCCUUGACCUGUUGGAGUGCCCGGUAUGCCUGGAGCGUCUAGACGCCACGGCGAAGGUGUUACCAUGCCAGCACACGUUUUGCCGGCGGUGCCUGCUUGGAAUUGUGGGGUCACGCGGAGAACUGCGCUGCCCGGAAUGCCGCACGCUGGUGGAGAGCGGAGUGGAUGAGUUGCCGAGCAACAUCCUCCUGGUGAGGCUGCUGGACGGUAUCAAGCAGAGGCCAAGGAGGACGGGAACUGCGCACUCGCCGUGCACUAAUGGAACGACCGGAGCGGGAGUCCGAGUGCAGGCCUCGGGAGGUGGCCAGAGAGAUCAAGGUCCCACGGGGACACAGCCACAGAGAGCUCAGGCCAAGACCACUCCAGUGAGGGGUGUUCCUCAGCUACCAUGUGCCAAGGCCUUGUACAACUACGAUGGGAAAGAACCUGGAGACCUCAAGUUCAGCAAGGGUGACAUCAUCAUCCUGCGCCGGCAGGUGGAUGAGAACUGGUACCACGGAGAGAUGGGUGGAGUCCAUGGAUUCUUCCCCACCAACUUCGUCCAGGUCAUCAAACCGCUGCCACAGCCGCCCCCACAAUGCAAAGCCCUGUAUGACUUUGAGCUCAAAGACAAAGAAGCUGAUAAGGACUGCCUACCGUUCUCAAAGGAUGAUAUUCUCACUGUUAUUCGUCGAGUGGAUGACAAUUGGGCAGAGGGGAUGCUGGGAGAAAAGAUUGGCAUCUUCCCCAUAUCUUAUGUAGAGUUUAACAGUGCAGCUCGACAGCUCAUAGAACUGGACAAACCGUCUGAAGGUGCAGGAGACGCCAGUGAAGGGCCCUCCUUCGCUUCAUCAGGCCCCCAUGCAAACGGCUCUCAGAAAGCCACCGGGGAGAAGAAGAACAGUAAGAAGCGACACUCCUUCACCUCCUUGACGAUGUCCCAUAAACCCUGCCUGGCUCCUCCACCCCAGAGACACUCCAUGGAGAUCAGCGGGCCGGUUCUGAUCAGCUCCUCUAACCCCACAGCGGCAGCCCGAAUCGGAGAGCUCAGUGGAGGCUUGUCCUCCAGUGCACCUUCACAGGUCCACAUUUGCACAACAGGACUCAUUGUUACUCCUCCACCAAGCAGUCCUGUCACCACGGCGACAGUUUUCACAUUUCCUCCCGAGACCAGCUAUGCCUCUUUAUCAGUGGAUGCUCUUCCCCCUCCGCCGCCUCCUCCACCCCAGUCACAUUCCACAGCUGUGGGCGCCGUCGCAUUGAAUGCCGGACAAAGACCGUCACCUGCUGCAGGUGAACAAAGUGGACGUCAAAGACCCACAGUGUAUGUGGCGUUGUUUCCAUAUACGCCCCGUAAGGAGGACGAGUUGGAGUUGAGGAAGGGGGAGAUGUUUCUGGUGCUGGAGCGCUGUCAGGACGGUUGGUUCAAAGGAACGUCCAUGCACACCGGCAAAAUUGGAGUGUUUCCUGGUAACUACAUGAGUCCUGUCAGCAGGACUGGUAGCAUUCAGUCAAAAGUUCCUCUGACCCUUUGCUCUCAGACUGGGCGUGGUGUCACCCUUGUUAGCCCCUCCCCUGCUCCCCUCGGGGCCACCCAGGGGAGUAUUGACCCCAGCAAACCCCUCCCAAUCUGCCCAAAUCCUGCUCCAUCAUGCUCACUGCCUGCUGCUAUAGUAACAGCCGCACACAUACCAACUGGACAGACGCCCAAAGUGCUCAUGCAUGUUACAUCACAGAUGACCGUCAAUCAAGCCCGCAGUGUGGUCAGGACAGCUGUGUGUCACAGCCAGGACCGCCCAACAGCAGCAGUGAUGCCUAUCCAGUCCCACAAUCCCAUGGGCUACCAUCCUAACACAGCUGUGUGUCUCCAGCCAUCACCUGUUCUUAGCUCCAGCCCUGGAUCUUCAUCUGGCAGAAUGGGCGUGGCUAUGGGCUGUGCAGCCGCCUCCCUGACCCCACCAAAUGUUAACGCCGCUUCUCUAGACAGUGAUGCCAUGAGACCCAUCACUGUGGUUGCAAUUCCUGGCAACACAAAGUCUCUUGGUGCAGGCUCGAAUAAUGGUGCUGCUUGUAAACUGGAUAAAGACUGCAAGCGAGAGAAGAAAGGCCUUCUGAAACUGUUGUCUAAUAAAAAGAAGCUCCGCCCAUCUCCCCCAUCAUCUCCUACACUGGAGGCGGAGACUGUUGCCAUGGACAUGCCCCAUGGGGCUGUUGGACCUGAUAUGGCUCCGCCCAGCUCAGUGGUCAUUGGAGUUGGAAAUAAUGGUCGUGUAGGACCCGGUCCAGUGGAAUUUGAACUCUCUGUAUCUUCAUCAUCCAGCACAGAAGCAGCAUCACAUAGGAGCAUCUCCCAGGACAACACUGCUCCAAUUGCCCCACCGCCACGACAACCAUGCUCCUCACUCCUUUCCAUGAAUCAUGAUGGACGACCUAUCGUGUGUGAACGGUAUCGUGUGGUGGUGUCUUACCCUCCCCAGAGCGAAGCAGAGCUGGAACUCAAAGAGGGAGAUAUUGUAUUUGUGCACAGAAAGCGUGAGGACGGCUGGUUUAAAGGAACCCUACAGAGGAACGGCAGAACCGGCCUGUUCCCCGGCAGCUUUGUUGACAGCAUUUAACGCACAUGAACAUUUAGAUAGAAAAUAGCAACACUGAACUACAAAGACAAUGGGACUUUUUGUGUGGUCACAUGACUGUGAUGCAAUGCUGAAAUUCGCAUUUUAUGAGGGUCAUCAAAUGCAUGGAUUUCAAUAUGCAGUCUAACUAAUAUAUACCACAGCCACCUCGACAGGUCCUAGUGUUUUAGCUGUAGAAUAUUUCCUUAAACAUUUUCUGAAACACGUGGAAGUUUAGCACUAGGCACCAUGUUUCUAGCACAGUAGAGUAUGUCGUGAUGGGAUUUGUUAAUUUAUGCUGUAACAUUUCAAAGACGUUUAAUGUGUGCCUUGUACUGUCCCACUUUACUGUAUAUGUAUAUAUAUAUACGCAAACAAAGCUGAUCUGAGUGAUACGAACAAUAUGAAUCUCCUUCAGUAAUACAUGAGUUUAACUUAUUUUUAUUUAGUACAAAUGGCUUUUGGGAGGUUUAUGUGAGCUGAUAGGUCAAAUGCCUUUAGAAACUGAUGACGGUUAUGGUCAUGUGAUUUUUGGCAACAGGAAACAGAAAUUAGAGGAAGAAAGGUUCUUCUUUUCAUCCAAUCGUUAUAGUGUUUUAGUAUAAUUGGCUAUUUAAGCACACUGGAAAGUCUUGUCGUCGCAAAUUCUGAUUGGUUGUGGUGUGUAUGACGUCACCACGAAUUGAAUAAAAAGAUGAUUAUGGCAUUUGGUAAAAAUAACAGUAGCUGUGAUUUUUUGCUAAAAUGAGGGAAUGAAACCUUUAUCAGGCAUUUAAGUACAAAUCACUUAUAAUCUUUUAUGGCAAUAAAGUCACCGGUUCUUAUUGAUGGUUUUUGGUUGUGGGGAAGAAAGCCUGGUUUGUUUCAAGCAGUGGAACAGCAAAAGCUCCAAUAAAAAAAGCACAGACACACA